CAGCGCCACCUGUAUAUGCUAAAAUAUAUGCAAUUCGCGAAGAAAAUAAAUCGACUUGAAAAACUGAAUUUUAAAACAAUUUCUGCUACAUUAAACUGUGAUAUAAUUAAAUUUUUGUAUAGAACUCUUUACAAAGUACACACAAAAUGUCCACAAAAUAUGAUGCACUGAAACCGUACGAGAGCGAUUCAGAUGACGAGGAUUACAACGUUGAUUUUGAUGAAUCAAAGCUGCCACCCAUUGAAAUUCCACCAGGCGAUCACAAACUCCAAUCGUGCUAUAACCUUUGGUAUGCCCGAAAGGGAAGUCACAGGGCUUCUGAGUACGGAAAGUCUCUCCACUUCAUCGGAAGAUGUGCCACGGUCGAGCAAUGGUGGAGUCUUUACUGCCAUCUAUUACGGCCAACAGAACUAAAGCCUUAUCGUAAAUUGCAUCUCUUUAAGAGCGGCAUUAAACCUAUGUGGGAAGAUCCUGAAAACAUUAAAGGUGGAAAAUGGAUUUUGAGAUUGAGGAAGAAUAAAGUUAAUCGAGCUUGGGAAAACGUCUGUAUGGCAAUGUUAGGUGAGCAGUUUCUCGUCGGUCCGGAAAUUUGUGGCAUUGUACUUUCGACUCAGUACCCUGAAGACUUGUUGUCAGUUUGGAAUCGAACAGCAACGGACGUCGGAAGUACAAAUCGAAUCAGGGAUGUACUAAAAAGAAUUCUUAAUCUGCCUGCAAACUUUCCGAUUGAGUACAAGCCUCAUUCGGACUCACUCAAGGCAACGAAAGUAUUGAUGAGCAAAUCUCAGAAUCUACCGAAGGAGGAUUAAAUAAAUAACUACACAACAGUGAAAGCCAAAUUGGACUCAUUCGGAUUCCUCCAUUUUAAAAUUUAUGUUUUUUCGUCCUCUUUAAAAGAAACGUUUCAAUUUUUUUUUUAAUUUAUGGACCGAUUUUGCAAAAGAAAGAGAAAAAGGAAGGAAUUUCAAUUAUCUUCGCAAUAAAACAAGACGCGUUGAAAGAAAAAUGAA